AUGAUUGCUGCUGCUAUUGAAAGCAGUGAUGAUGACAUGCCCAAUAACUCAAUGGACGUCUUUACAUCAAAUUUAUCAUCGACUAAUCAUACAUCAUUACUUGCUUUAUAUCAAAUCGACGACGCCAGUCCACAACAAUCAAAGAAUACUGCUGAUUCUUCAUCAUCAUAUGAAGACGAUGAUGAUGAUCUGGAAGAACUACGUCGCAUGACCGAUAUUAAUUAUCUACGUAUUAAUUAUAAAAAAAAAGUAAUCUAUUAUUGUGCUGAAUGUCUUGCUCAUCUGGAAACGCCUCAGCAAACAACAUGUUCAUCUAAUUGCCCUUUAAAUAAUAAUUAUCGUCCAUUUUCAAAAGUCAGUGAAUUAACAAUUAACGAUGUUAAAUGUGAAAUCCGUAGCACCAUAGAAAGAUAUGCUAAUGUAAUUAAUGAUUAUCGAAACCGAUCAAAAGUAUUAUUACCUUGCGAUGUACCAAAUGCUUAUGUAUAUCAAACAAUAUCUUCUACUACAUCUAUCAAAAGCAACCAAAAUCAAGUUACAGUUAUGCUCCACACUGAUGGAGUACCAGUUACUAAAAUCAGAGGUAAAUCUUUGUGGCCUAUUCAAGCUACUUUGUGCGAAAUUCCACCACCACUUCGAGAUCAUAAACAAGCUAUAAUGAUAUUUGGAGCUUGGCUCGGAAUUCAUCAUCCUGACAGAAAUCUUUUAUGGAAAAAUGUAGUUAAUCAAAUUCAACAACUAUUUCAAGAUGAAAUUAUAGUUACCAUCAAUAAACAGCAACUUAAGUAUAUUGUAAGAAUUCAAUUAAUAACAUUUGAUCUUCCAGCACUAGCAUCUAAUUGCAACAUCAUACAAUACAAUGGAUACAAUGCUUGUCCUUAUUGUCAAAUAGCAGGUAAAGCAGUCGAUAAACAAGUUAUGUAUCCACAUUCACCAACUCCAUGUCCACCCAAAACAAUUGAUGAUUAUCGACGAUAUGGUACAUUAAAUUCUUCGUCUACUAUAACUAUGGGCAUUAAGGGCUCUACGCCAUUAACCGAUAUACUUUUAUUUCCAAUUCAAGUUGCUGUAGAUUAUAUGCAUUUAACUUGUAGUGGCCACGUGAAAACUUUGAUUGGAUACUGGCACAAGAUGUUACUGCCGAAGGUAUUUGAAGAAGCAUCAGUUUAUUUAUCAUCCAUUACAUUGCCACAUAAUUUUAAUCAUCAAUUCAUGCCAUUAGUUGAUUAUCAAAAUUGGAAAACCAAACUAUUCCGAGAUUUUUUCUUGUAUGUUUCGCCUUUGUUUAGUAUUUUAUUUCUACCAGAUAGGUAUGCAUUACAUUUUCUUUACUAUUUUAUUUAUGUUCGUACACUAUAUCAUUAUGAAAAAAUAUCAGAAUUAGAAAACAUAGAUUUAUUAUUUGACGAGUAUUACAAAAAUUUAUCAAAAUUAUAUGGCGAAAAAUCUGAAUUACUCACUGUACAUCUACAUGCACAUUUAAAAGAACAGGUAGUGCAUCAUGGUGCUUUAUCGAUGACUUCAUGCUUUCCACGUGAAUCAUAUUUGGGAUUAGCAUUAACCAUGUGCUAUGGUAAGAAAUAUGUGUUAGCACAAUAUAUUUCAUGGCAUUUGAUUGAGCGUUCUUUAUACGACAAGAAUACCAUCGAAGUAAAUGAUGUUUUUAUUACUGAACGGUUUUAUGAUCGUUAUUUGGAUAUACAAAUGAUUACAAGAUAUAAAGCAAAAUUGAUUGCAUGUUUGAAACGACAAAAUAUAAUAUUGGAUGAAAAUUUUCAAAUCCAAUAUUACGCUCGAUAUUGUCGUGGUUUUAAAAGUUAUCAUUCAAAAGUUUAUUUACGUGCCGGAAGAGCAAUUAGUCACAGAGUAUCUAUUGCUAAUCCCAAAUGUACAAAAGCACAAAUGCAUAUGGAUAAAACUAAAUUUGCACGUCAAACUGGUAGUGAAGAGAUAGAUUUAGGGAAUUUUUUUGAUAGUGAAGAUGAAAAGGAAAACGAAGAAUCAGAUUUAGAUAUGCCGACGUCGUUAGUGCAAACAUUAUCAACAUCACAAGGACCAGCUGUAUUAAAAGAAAAUUCAACAGAGAAAUUAUCUCAAAGUAAUCCCUCAUCCCGACCAAUUACUAUUCAUACAACAAAUGAUAAACCAUUAAUUAGUACUAUAAUUUCACAGUAG